AGCAGUUAGUGUUGACCACCAUUAGGCAGGAGGCUUCUGAACCGCAGGACCCAGGCGAGGGCACCGGCGCUACCAUGCGUGCCCGCCUCACAGACAGGUUUGACAAAAGUGAGUUUGCUCGAAUUAGACUGGAUGACGCCCCAUUUGUGUCUGGAGUCCCAAGGUGCAUGUGGCCAUGCGCAACGGCUAGGAGCAGGUGUCUCCCAACCCCCGGCCCUCAAGAGCUACAAUGUCUAGUCACCUACUAGAGUGUCUCUGGUUCUUGUCUGAAAAGGUUUAGACACGAAAUAUCUGCUGUGGACCUUGAAUAAUCUGUAGCUCCUUGGGGCCUGGAGUGAUGAAUGCUGAACAGGAAAUAACCCUUUCACUGCAUGUGCUUGUGGAUAGUGGGGUGGCCACUCAUGUCAGACCAUGCUGAUGAAGACAGAUCAAUAUGCACUGGGGUCAAUAAGCAAAACUGUCAAUAUAGACACAUCUGCAUGCUGUAGAACACGACACAUGCAUGUGUUGCCAUGGCAUGCCUGAACAGAGCAUGUACAUGAACACUGCUGCAUGUGUGUAUGACACAUAAGUGACUGAGAUGUUAGACAGGGGGCAGGGGACUAGCAGCAUGUCGGGCCUUGCAUGUUUUCUGGCAUUAAAAGAUGUAUGUUCACCUCUGCGUGUGUGUGUGUGUGAGAGAGAGAGAGUGUACCCAUAAAACAGUGUCAGUGUGUGUGUAUGUAUAUGUGCAUAUGCAUACAUCAGUGUAAUGUGUAUUUGUGUGCGUGCCGCAGUGUCACCUGUAGGAUUACCAGGUUAUGGCUUAGCAGCAGGUGAAGUUGCAGAGCAGACACAGAAGGGAUUAUCAUGCUCGUAAACUUGGUGCGUAAGAGGCUUUCUUUCCUUACUUCCUACUCUGCUACGGUGACAAAGGACCCACUGGGAAUGCUUGAGGCUAGUUAAACGAGGACCUGCAAAUAGGGCCUGCAGGUCUUGAGGCCAGGACAGCCAUGGGACGUAGGGUUCGCUCAGGCAGACGAUGCUCUGUUGGUAAUGCAUUUCUAACCACACAGCAUUAUUGUUGGCUGGAUGGAAGUGUGUGGGGAAAGAUAUUUUAUGUUUUGUUUAUUUUAUUAGUUGUGAAAACUAAUUAAGGUGGUUGUGGUUGAGUGUUUAGCUCAAGAACACUUUUACAGGGCCUGUGGCUGUUAGAGGAUUCAUAUGCACAGUAUAUGCAAGACACUCUGAUUUGCCAUGCUCAUUUAGCUGCCCAAGUGCAAUUGCAUUUUAAAUGUUUUGACAGUUUUCCGAUGAUAAAAAUGUGUAAACAGCCAGAGUGUGUGUCCUCAGUGUUGCUUGUGGGGGUUGGAGUGCUCAGACAGCUGGGGAUAAUUGUAGCUAUUCUACUAUAACUGCUGUUAUGAUUAGUCGUUCUUUCCUUUCUGGCUCAUUUCCGCCCUGGGCUGGGUGUUUAGAAGAUAUGAAGUGCAUCUCUAUUAGACGAGAUUCAAUUAAACGUGCAAGCAUUUCCAAAAGCUAUAUCGGUGUCAUUUAAGACGCAGUUCUGGCAGUCGCACUAAUUGACACAGCCGCAGAGGAAGACACCGCGAUAGUGGCUGACAUGUGAGCCAUUUCUUGAGUGAAGACUGGGGCACAACACCAAGGCAGAGCAUCUGGUGAAAUAUGCUCUGCCAUACUGGAAAAUGUAGAUGAAUUAUGCAGCCCUUCUCUAUCCAUUAUUCAGUAGCCUAGCCUACUUUUUAACAGUGAAACUUUGGCUCAAGGCCAGGGCAGCUUGGGCUCAGCCCAAAAGUUAAUACUCCAUAUUAAGAUAUUAUGAAGCGUGUGAUGAGUGACAUCUUCUUCAAAUGAUAUGCAUGAUGGAUUUAAUUGCCUGCAUUUUCAGACUGCAUUGUCCUUGUUCUGCUCACUGAUACCGGAACCGGUAAUUUUAUCUGCCCACUGUAUAAAAUGUUUUUGGUUUAAUAGGCUUCUAAUGACACACAUGUUCUUGUUGGAGAGACAGUAAAAGGGCUAUUAAGCUCCUCUACAUAAUGCACGGAAGUUUGGCUAAUUAAUGUGUAGCAUUGUUUUUAAGAAAGGGGAUAUUUGCUGUUCAAGCCUCACCAACUAAAUGGGUAGCUGGCGUAUCUCGCUAGUUUGAGAUCAGUUGUUGAGGGCGGAUCGGUCUAGUCUUACCUGCUCUGGCUGCAGGUUAUCAGACCUAUGGUACCUGUCCGGCCAGCCUGGGUGCUUCAUGUGUAAUUGACCUGACUCUGCGCUGCUGGGGUUUGCUGCUGACUCAUCAGUGGUGCAUCAGUAAUAAGUUACAGAGGUGACUGAGCCUGUUCUCCAUCAGAGAUGAGUAACCGAGCCAUUGAUCUCUUCAGAAAUGAAUCAGAGCUGAAGUGGGCUGCUGAGAAAGCCAUUAUUGAUCUGCUUGGAAAGGUAGGAUCUAGAGGGUUAAAAGGUGGAGGUAAGGAGGGGUUGAGAGUACAGUAAACAGUGCUGCAUGAACAGAAAUAAGCAACAAGGUAUAGAAAGUGUAGACGAUUCAUGAGGAAGAGAGAAAGGUACAAAAAGGAAAGGGAAAGAAGACAUUGCAGGUAACCAUGUGCAUCGCCCUUCACUACAUUUUAACCUUCUUAAUCAUUUCUUUACAAUCACUUGCUAUCUUGAUUGACCCCUGUGCCAUUUGCAGUGUGGAGUGCUGAGCUGUGAUUGUGACUUAUUGCUCUGUUAGGUCCAGAGGUAAUAGCUUGGUUGGAGAUAUAGCGAUGAGGGAUAGGCUGCUUAUUAUCAUUUUGCUUGGACAGACUUUGACCCUUGCUCUCUUCCUCGUGCAGACACUUUGCAGGCUGGUGUGCUAUAGCACUAUACUGUGGUUGGAGUUUUAAACCAAAGUAAUAUCUCCCCUUUAGAUAGGAUAGAUAUGAUAUGAUAGCACCCUUUAAAUAACACUCAAAAAGAUGCAGUUAUUGGAGCUGUUUCCUUUUAACACACACGACUUUCUGUGUGUGGUAAAGUGGAAGUCUGCCAUGUCAGUGGUGAUGAUAGCACAUCAGGUAGAUAAACCUGACUGGCUUUUAUCUGGGUCGUUUUACAGUUCCUCGCCUGCUUCAGAAUAACAAGCUUGAGUGGAAUAUAAUGCUAUUUUGGUUAUUGAUGAGGGGAGAGAAUGAUCCGUUAAAUGUGGGAUUAUAGUGCUCCAGAAAUAGAGAUUCAGGACUGUGGAAACUCAAUCUGCUAAAGCCUGCAGUGUUUAUUCGAUCCUAAAUUAUUUAUGCAAUUAGGCUGUUGUUGUUUUAACUUACAAGCUCACUCACACACAGGCACACAAUGCCCAGAUCCUAAGAAAAGAUAGGCCUGCAACAAUCCGCACAAAUAACCUUAUUAUGCAGCUCACCAUAUAUUAACAACUGAGCACUACAGGCACACUGCACGGGCUAUAUUAUCAGAAUAAUAACAGGAUUUUGUUAGAGGCUUACCUGUGGCUUUCCAGAUAUAAUUCUUAUAUCUUAUCUCAUUACUGGAGAUGCAGUCUGACACAAACUAUCUGCAUCUGUGCAAACUAAUGAGAAAGAGCAGAGACUUGUAGUUAGUGGACACUGCUGUUGCACGGUGGAAGUGAAGCGACAUGAAGUGAUCUCCUGAUGGAUGGUUCCUGCCUCGGCGAUGUCAUUUGACCCAUCUGUCUGACCGCAAGACCUCAAGGCGAUAUCAGGCUUCUGGCCCUUUAAAAGUGGAGCCCCGGCUUUGCCCCUCCGCAGCACUGAAGGAGCUCCAUAUGGCUCCCUCUUGUUGUCUGCACCGGCAGUAGUGAGCCGCUCAGCAUCAAACUGGACAAGGAGACUGUGCAAAUCGCGCCCACAUAAAAAGGCGUCCCAAAACGGCAGGUGGCCAGAUGACACGGCUGCGGAGCUUGGCGGGACACUAUCUGUUACCGGGGCCGGGAGCUUCCUCUUCAGCAGGGCCGAAGGAGGAGCGAGGAGGCACGGGCACGGGCGUGCUGCUGCAUCUGUCCUCGCCCAGCCUCGCCUCUCUCCCAUCAAUCCAACGGUGCAGGACCUGCUUGCUCGUCCGGCGGUUACCGCAAGGCAGAUGAUGAGAUGUCCGGGACCACUUCCCAGGCGGAUCCUGUAGACGCCACCGCGCGGACGGUGCUGCUCAACCGGCCCCAGAACACCAAGUUCUGCGACAACCAUGUCAGUACCACCAAGUAUGGGGUUCUCACCUUUCUGCCCCGGUUCCUGUAUGAGCAGAUCAGGCGGGCUGCCAACGCCUUCUUCCUGUUCAUCGCACUCAUGCAGCAAAUUCCUGAUGUAUCACCGACCGGUCGCUACACCACACUGGUCCCACUCAUCUUCAUCCUCACUGUGGCCGGGAUCAAGGAGAUCAUAGAGGACUACAAAAGACACAAAGCAGACAACACAGUAAACAAGAAGAAGACAACAGUGCUGCGGAACGGAGCCUGGCAGACGAUCAUCUGGAAACAGGUGGCAGUAGGAGACAUAGUGAAGGUGACCAAUGGCCAGCACCUUCCAGCUGACAUGGUUAUUGUGUCCUCCAGCGAGCCGCAGGCCAUGUGUUACACUGAGACCUCCAACUUGGAUGGAGAAACCAACCUGAAGAUCAGACAGGGUCUCUCACUCACAGCUUCUUUUCAGACCCUGGAGGAUUUGAUUGCACUGUCAGGUCGUCUGGAGUGUGAAGGUCCCAACAGACACCUGUAUGACUUCACUGGCACACUGCGGCUGGAGAACCAGAAUCCAGCUCCCCUGGGUCCAGACCAGGUGUUGCUGCGUGGCGCCCAGCUCAGAAACACUCAGUGGGUUGUGGGCAUUGUUGUCUACACUGGCCAUGACUCCAAACUGAUGCAGAACUCCACCAAGGCACCACUGAAGCGCUCUAAUGUGGAGCGGGUGACCAACAUGCAGAUCCUGGUCCUGUUUGGCAUCCUGCUGGUCAUGGCUCUGAUCAGCUCCGUGGGCGCUGCCAUCUGGAACAAAGAACACACUGAAGAUGCCUGCUGGUACCUGUCCCGGGCUGGUGACAUCUCCACUAACUUUGCGUAUAACCUGCUGACGUUCAUCAUCUUGUAUAACAACCUGAUCCCCAUCAGCCUGCUGGUCACUCUGGAGGUGGUCAAGUUCACACAGGCCCUCUUCAUCAACUGGGACGUGGAGAUGUACUACUCAGAGACAGACACACCAGCCAUGGCUCGAACGUCAAAUCUUAAUGAGGAACUGGGCCAGGUUAAAUACCUCUUUUCUGACAAGACAGGAACUCUGACCUGUAACGUCAUGCACUUCAAGAAGUGUACCAUUGCGGGAAUUACAUAUGGCCACUUCCCUGACCUUGACUGUGAUCGGUCAAUGGAGGACUUCAGCAAUCUGCCGUCCAGCAGCAAUAACUCUACAGAGUUUGACGACCCGACUCUCAUCCAAAACAUUGAGAACCAUCCUACAUCACCUCAGAUCUGCGAGUUCCUGACAAUGAUGGCAGUGUGCCACACGGUGGUCCCAGAGAGAGAGGAAAACCAGAUCAUUUACCAGGCCUCUUCGCCUGAUGAAGGAGCGCUGGUCAAAGGGGCCAAAGGGCUCGGCUUUGUCUUCACUGCAAGAACCCCGCAUUCAGUCAUAAUCGAAGCUAGAGGAAAAGAGAUGAGUUAUGAGCUACUGAAUGUGCUGGAGUUUUCCAGUAACCGCAAACGCAUGUCUGUGGUGGUCCGAACCCCCCACGGGCGGCUACGGCUUUACUGCAAAGGAGCUGAUAAUGUCAUUUUUGAGCGUCUGACUGAGACGUCCCAGUACAAAGAAUUAACUGUUGCUCACCUGGAGCAGUUUGCUACAGAAGGACUGAGGACUUUGUGUUUUGCCUAUGUGGACCUGGAGGAAGAAGCCUACCAGGAGUGGCUGAAGGAAUACAAUCGCGUCAGCACUGUGCUCAAAGACCGCGCUCAGAAACUAGAGGAGUGUUAUGAACUACUGGAAAAGAACUUGCUGCUGUUGGGCGCCACAGCCAUAGAGGACCGUCUGCAGGCCGGCGUGCCAGAGACCAUCGCCACUCUGAUGAGGGCCGACAUCAAAAUAUGGGUCCUCACUGGAGACAAACAGGAGACGGCCAUCAAUAUAGGUUACUCCUGUCGUCUGGUGACACACGGCAUGUCCCUCAUCAUCGUCAACGAGGACUCUCUGGAUGCUACUCGUGCCACUCUGACAGCUCACUGUUCGUCCCUGGGCGACUCUCUGAGGAAGGAGAAUGAGCUGGCGUUGAUCAUCGAUGGUCAAACACUGAAAUACGCACUGUCCUUCGAGCUCCGCCAGGCCUUCCUUGACUUGGCGUUGUCCUGCAAGGCUGUCAUCUGCUGUCGAGUGUCUCCAUUGCAGAAGUCUGAAAUUGUAGAUAUGGUGAAGAAACACGUGAAGGCCAUCACGCUUGCGAUAGGCGACGGCGCCAACGACGUGGGCAUGAUUCAGACGGCUCACGUUGGAGUGGGGAUCAGUGGCAACGAGGGCAUGCAGGCCACCAACUCCUCUGACUACUCCAUAGCGCAGUUCUCCUAUCUAGAGAAGCUGCUAUUGGUCCACGGGGCAUGGAGCUACAACCGUGUCACCAAGUGCAUCCUGUACUGUUUCUAUAAGAAUGUGGUCCUCUACAUUAUAGAGCUCUGGUUCGCCUUUGUGAAUGGGUUCUCUGGUCAGAUCCUCUUUGAGCGCUGGUGUAUAGGCCUCUACAACGUGAUAUUUACUGCACUGCCUCCGUUCACUCUGGGGAUAUUUGACCGGCCAUGCAGCCAGCAGAACAUGCUGCGUUUCCCACAGCUUUACCGAAUCACCCAGAAUGCCGAGGGCUUCAACACUAAGGUGUUUUGGGGUCACUGUAUCAAUGCACUGAUUCAUUCAAUUAUUCUCUUUUGGUUUCCGCUCAAAAUGUUAGAGCAUGACUCUCCGUUCAGUGACGGUCAGGGAAAUGACUACCUGUUUGUUGGAAACAUGGUGUACACAUAUGUGGUAGUUACAGUAUGUCUGAAAGCUGGAAUGGAGACCACCGCUUGGACCAGGUUUUCCCAUUUGGCGGUGUGGGGAAGCAUGGCGCUCUGGAUGGUCUUCUUCGGUGUCUACUCUGCCAUCUGGCCCACCAUCCCCAUCGCUCCUGACAUGCUGGGCCAGGCUGGCAAGGUGAUGCAGUGCUGGCACUUCUGGCUGGGCCUGGUCCUGGUGCCUACUGCGUGUUUACUCAAAGACUUCGCUUGGACCGCCACACGUCGCACUGUGAGGAAGUCUCUGCUAGAGGAGGUGCAGGAGUUGGAGGCUCGGGCCGUGGACCCAGGGGCAGCUGUACUUAGGGAUGCCAGUGGCCGCAGUCUAAACGAACGGGCCCAUCUGCUGACAAGAGUCUUUAGGAAAACGCCUUCAAGCGUAGGACGCUCAAACUCGGUGCAGCAGACUGUGUCACAUGGCUAUGCCUUCUCUCAAGAGGAGCACGGCGUGGUGUCCCAAUCCCAGGUAGUGCGCUCCUACGACACCACCCGCCAACGCCCCAGCCUCUAGCCCCACCCCUGACCAAGGCUUCGGCUCACCGUAGCAACGGUUAACAAGGCGACAGCGGAGACAGACUCACGUGACACCCUCACGCCGGGUGACCGACCCCUGCUGUGGCCUUACUGGAACUAUAACCUGACCCCUUGCCCAGGGCGGGGGUCACGGUCAGGCGUAGAGGCCAUCGCUGGCGCAUAAGAGGACUAACUUGAGAGAAGGGACCAGGCCGACUUUAUGGGGAAAAAACAUUCUUCAAGCUGCACAGGCAUGAGCAAUCAUAUCCACGCACAGACAUGACAAGUCAAACUCAGAGACUGCUCCUCAUAUCUGUAUACCCCACAGACUGGGUUUGCUUCAUGCCACUGUGUGUUUAUCUGUGUGUGUGGGUGUGUGUGUGUGCGUGAGUGUGUAUGUGUGUGUGCAUUCCCGUGCGUCUGUAUCUGCCUGUGCAUGUACGUCUGCACGCGUUGGCGCUCCUGUGUUUGUGUGCAUGUGUGUCGGCCCGCGUGUGUUCGCUUCCACGGUUCUCUCUCAUCUCUGUUGUGAGGUGGGUUUAGCUUGUCUGUCAUCACAUGCCGAUGCGGGAGGGAAAGGGACGUCUAAAUAAACACACACACAUAUGCACUGAUGAAUUCCUUAUAAAGGGACGGAGGGAGGGAGGGAGGGAAGCAAAGAGGGAGGACCACUGCAGCCCUGAACCCCAGCUACAGCCCCCCCGUGUCCCAUCGCAGCACCAAGCCUCACUGCCAAACACCACAGAGAUGCCACUGAGGCAAAACGCUCAUGCCAAACUGGACCACCACCCCGCUGCAACCCCUCCUACCCCACUGGGACGUCCUCCUGCUUAUCUCUCCUUGUACCUUCAUUUCUUCCCUCCUAUCUUUCCAUCUCCUAGCCGCUCUGCAGCCUCCAUGUCUCCCCUCCUCUAGCACAUCAUGUCUUGGCCAGUUUUUAAAAAAAAAGAAAAUUCCACCUUGUUUCCUGUUGUUUCUGACUGCUCCUGUGAUUCCUGACGCCGCCUGUCAAGCAUCAUCAGCUGACAUGGAAGCAGCGAGUCUGGCAUUAAAGCUUCCUCCUUCAGUUUUGUUGGAUUUCCAUUCUUUACUGGACUGUUUCUUUUUUUUAUUAUUAAAGUGGACAUUAAUGUG